AUGGGGUUAGUGGGAUGAGGAACCACCAUGGCAGCUGGAGGAUCUGGGUUCAAUUCACCAAUGAAUUGUCCCAAACACUGAACUCCUCACAGACAUCAUCUUAAUUGCUGAGUGCAUGAAGGUGCAAGAGCUGAAACAGCACAUUGUAGGAUCAUAAAUAACCUGAAUAGCAUAAAUAUUCCACAUAUUACAUUUUUUUUUUUGGUAAUGUUACUGCUAUGUGCAUAUAAACUUGUACUUUCUUGGUAUUUCUGACUUCUCCUCUUGUUACAACACUAUGAACUGUGGCUAAUUCCCUCAAGCAAAGUCUGCAGCGUCGGGAACCCAUGUCAAAGUCUAUAAAACCAUGAGGGUGGACAUUGAAACUGGGCCACUGAAUCCCUCCCGAGUCUGACCUCCACUUGGAGCAGAUGGAGUGUGUUCGGAUGAUAGCCAGCCCUCGCUAUAGUGAGAAGCGGGUGGGAUACCUGGGAGCCAUGAUGCUGCUGGAUGAGAAGCAGGAUGCCAGUCUGCUCAUCACUAACUCCAUCAAGAAUGAUCUCUCUCACAGUAGCCAGUAUGUGCAGUCUCUGGCUCUGUGCACACUGGCCUGUAUGGGUUCAGCGGAGAUGUGCAGAGAUCUUGCACCAGAGAUUGACAGGCUGCUCCGAGCCUCCAACUCCUACAUUAAGAAGAAGGCUGCACUGUGUGCCGUACACAUCGUGAGAAAAGUUCAUGAUCUCGGGGAGAUGUUUGCGCCCGCCGCUCGUGCCCUCCUGGCUGAGAAGAACCACGGUCAGUUGAUCUUAACGGCACAUUUUGGUAAUAUAUUUACCAGGAAGUUUCAUCUUGGGUCAGCUGUUUCAAACAAAUCUCUGUGGUUUUUGCUCUGUUCGUCUCUAGGUGUGUUACAUGGUGCUGUAGUGCUCAUCACCGAGCUGUGCGAGCGGAAUCCAGAGACACUGGAGCGGUUCAGAAAGACAGUGCCAGAUCUUGUUCAGAUCAUGAAAGGUCUGGUUAUUUGCGGUUAUUCUCCAGAGCACGACGUGGCGGGAAUCAGUGAUCCCUUCCUGCAGGUACGCAUCCUGAGGCUCCUGAGAAUCCUCGGUCGCAACAACGAAGCAGCCAGUGACGCCAUGAACGACCUACUAGCACAGGUGGCUACCAACACUGACAGCACUAAGACCGUGGGCAACGCUGUGCUGUAUGAGACUGUUCUCACCGUGCUGGACAUCAAGUCAGAGAGCGGCCUCAGGGUUCUGGCUGUGAACAUCCUGGGACGGUUUCUCCUGAACAAUGACAGGAACAUUCGGUAUAUCGCCAUGACGUCUCUUCAGAGGAUUGUAGGGACCGACCACACCGCAGUGCAGCGUCACCGAGGAACCAUAGUGGACUGCCUGAAGGACCAGGAUGCUUCUGUCAAACGCCGUGCGUUGGAGCUCUCCUUGGCGCUGGUGUCAGCCAGCAACAUCCGCUCCAUGAUGAAGGAACUGCUCCUCUUCCUCUCCUCCUGCCCCCCCGAGCUCAGGGCUAACGCUGCCAGCGGCAUAUUCAACGCCGCCGAGAGGUAUGCACCCUCCCAGCGCUGGCACAUUGACACCAUCCUGCAUGUCCUCACCACGGCAGGGGGCGACGUGAGAGACGAAACAGUGCCGAACCUGAUCCAGCUCAUCACCAACGCCUCAGAGCUUCACUGCUACACAGUCCAUAAGCUUUAUCGGGCUGUGCUCACUGACAUCUCUCAGCAACCCCUGGUUCAGGUGGCAUGCUGGUGUAUAGGAGAGUAUGGAGACCUACUGCUGAGAGGAGAGUGUCAAGACACUGAGCCUGUUCAGGUCUCUGAGGACGACGUCCUGGACGCCUUGGAAACGGUUCUACAGUCCCACAUGUCGUCCCCAGCGACCAGAGGCUUUGCUCUCACCGCCACCAUGAAACUGAGCACACGCAUCACCGAUAAUGUGGAUCGGAUCAGAAGCAUCGUCAGCAUUUACGGCAGCUGUAUAGAUGUGGAGCUCCAGCAGAGGGCAGUUGAAUACAACGCUCUAUUCAAAAAAUAUGACCACAUGAGGGCAGCAGUGCUGGAGAGGAUGCCUGUGAUUGAGAAGAACUCUCCGGGCCAUACCAACGGAGAGUCAACAGGGGACACCAUCAAGGAGAUCCAGCCCACCAAAGUCAAGCAGGAAGAGCCACUGUUGCCACAACAACCUGCUAACCAGGUCUGUGAUCUGUUGGACCUGCUGGGGGGCUCCGAGGAGCCUCUGCAGCCCAGUCCUGCACAAGGUGGCACGGCACCAGGCCUGUCCAUCAACACAAUUAGCCCUGCUGGAGGAGACCUUCUGGAUCUGUUGGGAGGCUUAGAGCCCACACCCGUCGCACCAGCUCCCACGGUGACAGUGUAUGAGAAGAGUGGUGUGACUUUGACACUAAGUUGUGACAAACAGUCAGACUCAGGCCUGACAGUCACACUCACAGCCUCCAACUCCAGUGACUCAGACAUCAGCUGCUUCACUCUACAGGCUGCAGUGCCCAAGAGUGUCCAGUUACACAUGAAGGCCCCCAGUGGGGACUCUCUUCCUGCACGAGGCACAGCUAAGGUGACCCAGAUGGUGGUCCUCAACAACCCAAACAAGGUGAACCUGAAGAUGAGGAUACGCAUAUCUUACACAAACCAAGGAUCCGGCUUUCAGGAUACAGUCCAGAUUGACUCCUUCCCUGGACUCAAUGCUGCCAGCCACUGACAGCAGCCGCUCAGUCCAACAGGACUACGAUAAGAGUCUGUGAAUGAAUCAGCGGGCGUCACCCCUUCACUGAUGAAGGGUUUCUGUGCUGUGAAACCCUCUACACUUCAGUCCAAGCUGCUGUUUCUCAAACACCUGAUUUUGUUUGUUUUUAACGGCUGAGGAACAUGUUUCUUUCACAGGAAAUCACAGCCUCAUGUAUGAACUCAGUUUUCCCUUCAUUUGGAAGUCAAGUGUAAAUGAGAGUGAUGUGGCACAGGCUUUGGAAUAUGCAGGUAUAACAUGAAAAUACUCAAAUAUUAGUAUUUGUCUUGGAAUUUGCGGUGUCAACUGUCCAUACAAGUGUACCUAAGUACCAUCCAGGGUUUUUUUUUAAACUACAGCUGAUUGUAUUCAUAUUCCACACUUCAAAAUAUGUACUUUUUUCGUGGCUACUGUCACACAGCACUCCAUCUACCCUCCCUUCAAAGCGAUUUCCUUUAUGAAAUACUUUCCUUCAUCCUCUUCACAUUGUUUAAAAAGCAGCUGAACACUAACAAAUGAACCGCUCCUACUGUUAUGAAACACUGUUAUCCAGAUUUUAAACACAACCAUAUGACUUGCUUCUGCUGGUCUUCAGUCGCUCCUAUCUUUUCUCAGAGUAUACAUCUCAGCUCCUAAUUUCUCCUGUGCCUUUCAUACCUUUGAGAGCAGAGGUUUUUUUUUCUCUCAUGUACUAAAUAAUGUAAUUAUAUAGUUUUGGAGGCAAAGAAACGGUUUUAAUUGUAAGUUAGCGUUACAUAAACAUGUUCUAAUCAUUCCCAUACUAGCAACUCUUGCUUUUCCUGAACAGUAUCUCCUUGUCUAUUGUUUACAGAAUACCUUUACUGAGUUAUUUUGAUUCAUGAAGGCUGUGUACAGUGACACAAAGAUGAGCAUGGUAACUCCCUGCAAGAUGUAUAUUUUAGAUACUAAGUACUGUAUAUACAGUAAGCACAAUUGGAAGAAUUUUAAGUCUUUGAUCAAUUUACACAUGCAAGAAAACAUACCUCUUAAGAGCCAGUUAGUAAUUUGAUAAAUCAUCUCAUAAUCAUCUUUUAAAAAAAACACUGGAUGCUGGAUGUCAGCAAUGGUGCUUCAGUGCAAUCUGUACCAGACUGUUUCAGAUCACUACCUUAAAUUAAAAUGUAAAAGAACAGAC